AUGCUAAUGUUGGUCAACUCCAUACCAAGUGUCGAUGACAAUGCCUGUAUCUACAAUAUCCAUUGUCCUGGCUUGCAAUUUUUCGCUGGUGCGCCCACCGUUUGCGUGUCAUUUGUGGGGUAUCUGUGGAUAGGCGCGCAGCCCAUGCUUUAUCCUCUCUAUUGUCCGCCUACUGAUCUGGAUAAUCUCAAACAAAAUCUGUCACUGUUUGCUUAUCUGCAUGCUCCUAUGAGUCAUGGCACACCAUAUGAGCGAGAGGGCAAGGAUGUUCCUGUAUUUGUCUUAGCUCUGCCUGAAAUCAUGCCGUUUCUCAAUUUGCCAUGGUUACGAGGAAAAUUUUCCUCCGACAGCAGCCGUAUACGGUGUAUACGAUCAUUUCUCCAGACUACAUGGGUAGGUUCAUCAACCAUCGACUCAUCAGUGACCAGAACCAGGGCUCUUCCCUGUAUCAAGAAAGAGACAGCCAGGCACAGCCUCCAAAGAAUCAUGACAACCUGUCCCAACUGGCGAAGGGGUCUGGCAUACCUACGCAUCCUCACGAGGGUUAAUGUGUGUUGUGGACACUCCGGCAACCCACAUAUUCUCGUAACUGUGGAUUAUGCUGACCGUAGACGCGAGUUACUCAGAAGCUGCUGGCCUCAAGCCCUCAUUCGGGCAAAUAUCGCAUCUGAGAAUUUAGAAACAGUCCUCACCAGAGACACCCAGGUUCCGAUGUCGGAGUCCGCAGUAUUGGCGCUCGCUCUUCCGUGGUUGAGCCAGUUCAUGUAUGACAAUAGAAGAGUAGCUGUCCGCUCCAUGGACGACAGUCGCAUCUUUGGCUUAGGCAACUUCUUUGGGUUGGCUCAAAGACACUGCAUUGUGGACUUGCUGCAAAUGUUCAUACACCCUUAUGCUCAUUCGUUACCACUCAGCGUCAAUUCCUUUGUGAAAUUCCUGGAGAACCAGAUGGCGAAGGAAUUAGCAUAUCAUGUUAUAUUUCGAACCACGGCCACAUGCCGCGUUCGUCUCACCCUCGCUGAUUUGGAGCCACAAAUUUUCAGGAAUGCUACAAAUACGCCAGUUGAUACACUGGCGUUGAUGGGGUCUUGCUGUUAUCAAGCACUGCUGGCAAGACUCAUAGCCAUUUGGGGCACAGUUGACGUCAUGCCAGACUAUCCAUCUGCGAGCCAAGUCCAUGGGGAACUCCGCGAGACAGCUAUCAUGCUGAUCCUGCAGGUUGAGGACCCGCAGUACGUGCCCUUCAUGGGCAAACUAGGAGAGCUGUGCACAAUCACCUCCCCUUUUCUUUCUACAUAUGAUACAUCUUCAAAGACUCAUUUUCUUGGAAUGGAACAAACCGAGACAGCUCUCAUAUCUUGGCUUCAGAAACAGGACCGCAACAGUCUUCUGGCUUCUCUCUACAUCACAGCUUCGGUACUCUUUGGAUGGGUCGAUACCCACGAUCUUAUAGUUCUCCUGGAUGUGAGUCUCAGGGAGGUUGCCAUGCAGACACAACUUCAGCAAGAAGAGGAGAGGAGCUGUGCGGCAUUCCGUUCUCGAGGGGGGUGUUUGAUGGAGCAUAGAAUACAUCGAGCUCAGAUGGAAGUUUCGUUAUUUAGUAAUGCUAUUGCAAACCUGUCUGAAGAGAUGGAAACCAGAUUCUCGAUUGGCUCCAAUAAGCUAGGAUCCACAGUGAAGGAUGUCGCGUAUGCGGGAGCAUGCGCGGUGCCCAGCUCGAUAAUGUUCGAUCAGUGUCGACCUAUGAAGGCCAUUCAAGAUAAAUGCAAUGCAUGGCUUAUCAUGACAUCGCAUUUUCAAGGUAUCGUAGGGCCUGAUUCUCAUGCAAACCGAACGUUGUUUGGUUUCCCACAAACCAUAGACGACGAUCCUUAUCUUUAUGAAUCCUUCCAAGGGCUGGACGAUCAAUUUCUUUCCUUACCUCGUUUGUUGAGGACUUGGGUUGAUAAUAUGACAUAUCAUGCAUACAUGAGCGCGUCCUUUGCAGAAAGCGGAUCCCUACACAUCGACACUAGCGACGACUUUCAACCAAUGAAGUCCAAGACUACGGAUAUUCUCAAGUCCGAUAUGCAUAUCCUGGGCUUGAAGAAGCAGCGUGCACAGGCCGAAGUGGACAUGUUUUCUGAAGCCCUGGCAUGUAUUGCUGAGUUCGAGGGUACCGAUGACGGCACACCUCCCAGGAGUGCCGUCACACAUGCGUCACUUACAUCUGACGACGAAUGCCUUGAUGAUUGUUUUUCAAUCUCAUACACCUCUUCUUAUGGCUCUAUAAUCAUGUAA